GCCAAAUGCAAGCCAACAGAACCUUGAUUAACCUAUACCCGAAACUCUUCGGAUAACAAAAGCAAUCACUCAGCUCGGGAUCUACGGCUCUCAAGAAAGACCUUCUUUUUGAGCUAUGUGAAGUAUCCAAGUUGACUGAGUCACCAGACAUCAAGAUGUCAGACAGCGAAGGAGAAGUCUUGGUUGCCGAGGAGGCGACCCCCGAGAGCCUUACCGAUCAAACCAGUUCAGACAUCACAAACCAACCCCACUCCAGUACUACCCAAUCCUGCCAAUCCAGUCAUGAGCAUGGCGCCCUCUCAGGCGAGAGGACAGACAGUCAGGGUUCUGCUGCUACAGCUGGUGCUGAUGUCACAUCAGUCAGUCGUAGAGCUGAAAUCAAUCAACAAGGUACUACUCGCGUGUCUGGUCGAACAGUAACAAGCAUCCAUGAGUCAAGGGGUGAGCAUACUCUAGCGCAGGGAGCUGGAGCCUCAUCACAUCACAGUAGUGCCGCCAAUACUACACCUUGUACCAGUACACCUACAACCAAUCGUGCCGAGAACAGUACUGCACCUACUGCAGGUUCAGCCUCUUCUGCAGGAAGGGGACCUCACAGUACUUCUACACCUCUGGGAGUUAGUCAGAGGUAUCCGAGCCAGUUCACAAGGAAUUAUACCGGUAAUCAGAAUAGGGAAUACAGUGAACAAGAAGAAGAGGAGGAGGAUUGCGAUUGGGAGCAGGUAGAGAGGAUGGGUAACGUGGCAGGUUCCAUCCUGGGCUACUCGCCCCUGGUCUUUGAGAACAAUGAGGAAGAAGGGGAUGAUCAUCUAGAUGAACUCUAUGUUCCUAUCAGUGGAUAUGAGGUCAUGGAACAAAGGUCAAAGUUCACAGUCUUUAAAUUGCAUGUGCAAAAAUCAGCGACCGAUGGUUACUUUAUUUUCAGGAGAUAUACAGACUUCACAAGACUAAAUAUGAAGCUGAAGAUGUUGUACCCCUGUUUCCGUCUGGCCUUGCCUCCGAAGCGAUGGUUUUCGAAUAACUUUGACCCCAUCUUUCUAGAAGAUCGCCUGCUGGGUCUACAAGCUUUUCUGAACAAUGUCACAGGUCACAAGGAUAUUAGGAAGAGUGCACCCGUCAAGGAGUUCCUGUGUCUCAACGAUCCGCCUGGACCGCAUGACAGUCUAGAGGAGAGCAGGGUAAUGGUGGAAUCUUUGGAAGAAGUAGCAUACAACCUGAGGAGAGACUGUGCUGAGAGGGAUAGAUUGUUGAGGAAGAAAAAUGAAGAGAUAGCGAGUCUCAAAGCUAGGAUACAAGAACUGGAGAAUGCAGGGCUCCCACUGGAGACUCUGGAAAAUGAGCGUGUUGGAACAGACCAGGAGAGUGAGAGCAGUACUGUAGAAGGUGAUCGAAGAUCCUGCGUCGAGGCCGACCUGAUGGAUCAUGGGAUACCCGAUGCAAACGACGAGGGUAUCUCGGAAUCCAUGGACAGCUCCCUCAAAGUCAAGAUCGAGAACCUUGGAAAGGAGCCAGUCAAGUGCGGGGAUAUGGUCGGCGAGGGAGACAAGGUUGCCAUAGCGAUAACUCAGUCAGUGACACCUGUAGGCGGUGACUCGAGAUGACAUCACAGGACUGUCGAGGAGUGACGACAAAGAGAGCUUGUCGUUGGUGAAAGACACAGGCAGAGGAGGGACUUCUUGGACUUAUUGUGAAAGAGUUCCAUCAGUUCUGAUCCGUUGGAGCUACGCAAAUUAGAGCUUUCUUGGGAUGUGGUGUCGCCUGUCUUUUCUAAGCACAGCGGUGCAGGAGGAACCAUGUAACAUGGAGAUCAUUGCUGUAAAAACGAAUCAAGCUAGACGCCGAUGCAGUGAUUAAAUGCUAAUGUAAAAUGCGUACAUGCUUUGUAAGCCAGGCACAAAAGGGUUUUUAAGCCAUUUAGCUAGCAUCAUCCACAUAUUGCUUCUGCAUCUGUUAGAGCUUUCCAUUCUGAACAAAAAGAAAAUCAUCUUAUCAUCAUGCGAUGUUUAGCUUUAUAAUGACUAAGGUUCAUAGUGUUAUGCAUGCCUUAUUAUUGGCAAGUUGAUCAUGCUAAUCUUAACAAUCAAAAGAACACUAGAGUUAUGAGAGUUAAGAAUAUUUUGCUUGUUUCACAAUGGAAGAGACAUAAAUGGUAGUAUAAUGCAAGUAAAAAUAGAAUGCAGCAUACCAAGUUAAAUCUAGAGUGUAAUACAUGAACAUUUCCCCUAACUCUCAUUCAAAUCACUCUCUUUAUGUGUCUGUUUAUUUGUCUUUCUGCCUGUCCUUCUCUGUCAUGCUUUGUCUUUCUAUCCUGUUUCUAUCUAUCCUUUUCUAUCUUCUCCUUGUUUUAUCUCCUUCUCAAUGUCCCUCUUAUAUCUGUUUCUCUUAUAUCUGUCUGUCUAUGAACCUCUCUCAAUCUCUUC